AUGGACGAGGGGGCGAGCAGCAGCAUCCCAAUCGUGACGGCGGAUGCUGCAUCUCCGCAAGAAUAUCGCAUUUUAGAGGUGCCGCCGGAGGUCGAAGCAUUGAUCGAGAGAAAAGACGUGCCACUCCAAUUCAACGGACGUCUUGCAGACGAAGCUGUGCUUGUAACGCAUGAUGCUACUUAUGCUGUGCGACAAGUUUCACAGAGCAACAGCCUGCUAUUAUGCUCAGUCGAUGUGCGUGACAAUGGGUCGCAUGCGCUCGUUUUACGACAAAAUGUUCAGGACACGCUUGAGCUCGUGCGCACAUGUGCGAACCUUGAGCGCAUCAUGAGCCUGCUGGAUGAAGACAUGUACACAGGUGGUGAAGAGCACGUUCAUGAUCGCACCAAGCGUCAUUACACGCGCAACGAGCUCAUGUCAGUUGUCCAGGCGAGUGAGGCUGAGUUCACACAGGGACUACGGGCCUACCAUGUACUUGAGCUGGAUGGCUACCUCCGUCGCGUGGCGCCUGACCUGGUGGUGGACUUACUGCACUCGCUCCUCGCACAUGUAGAUAUAUUUGCAUGUGCACCAGACCGAGUGCCAUACGUGCGCAUGUGCGAGGCAUUGGCACCGCGUGCAUGUCGUGCAGUGGCGGAGGCCAUGGUCGGCGACUGGUUCUGUGCCACGCCCCAGAGAGCAAGUGCGCCAACAGUGCCAUUGCAUAUUCCUCUUGCACGCGAGAGUGUGGCUCAGUUCCUAGGCUUGCAUCUCCUACGUACGCAGAAACGCAUGCCGCUCAUUGCAUUCAUGGAUGCGUGGCAUCAUGAGCUGGGCAUCAUGAGUCAGGAUGCACACCUCGCACUGCUCCAGGUACGUGGGAAAUGGUCGUCCGUAUCUAUUGCAAGCGCACUAACACUUGCGACCCAUCUACUAUACAGGGACAUUAUUUACUAUACCCAGCACCGGCCACGUUUGCUGAGACGAAUGCCCACGCAGCAGCGACGCCAAGUCCACUGCCACGUGCGCUGGCCGAAUUGA